AUAACCGUAUUUGCCUGUCAGGUACAGGUAUACAGGUGUGCAGACUGGUGUUUCCUCUCACAGACACUUCCUUACCCUCGGACAAGCAGAGUUCUCCGUUUCAGGCGGGUGGAAACUGGAUUUGUUUGAAAUCUACGAAAAGAGACAAACGCAGAAAAACAAAACAAAAUGUCCACUCCGCAGUUGCUUGAAGAUCUCUACACGAGGAAGGUGACGUUCUCAGAUUCAGAGUUGCUCCGGUACAGAGAGUUUGCAGAACAGGUGGUCCGCACUCUCCUGCAAGAGGUUCAGAUACACCGGCGGGACGGAGACCCGGCGAUCGGGAGAGAGCCCAUCGGCACCGGGAGCUCCUUCGAGGGCGUGAAGGUGAAGCCAGAGCUGGAGUUUGACUUCAUGGUGCCGAUCCAGACCAACGUGCAACAGAUCGUUUUCUGCGACACUGAUCCGCACGUUCCCAGCCGCUUCGGGAUUGUCAAGACUGGAUCUCAACAAAAGUUUCAAUUACAAUCUAAAUCCACCUGGAAGAAGGAUGAAUAUUUCGAAAUCAAGUUCUGCACAGAUGCUCGUGGUUACGGGUUUCUGCUGUCGGCUGACAAGAUCCGGAAGUGGUUCCAGUCUCUAUCUGACCGCACCCUGUCAGCACUCGAAAAGCGUUUCCCUGGAUCCACCUUCAGGUUCCAGCAGCACGAUCCUGCCAGGAACCUUCUCGUGACCAAGGAUGGGAAGGAGCUGAACAUCGACAUUGUGCCGGCUAUCAAGAAUAAGAAGGAGCUGAACAUCGACAUCGUGCCGGCUAUCGCGUAUGAGAACACCUUCCUCGUCGCAAAGCAGUGCUCCAGUGAGAUCAACCUUCCAAAUGAGGCCACAUGGAGGCUGUCCUUCUCCACCAGCGAGAGGGACUUUUUUAAGGAAAUGAAGCGUGUCUUGCCCUCUAAUUCCUGCCACCUCAAGUGCCUGCAGAUCCUCAAGUACCUCAGAGAGAACGACAGUAAGCUCCGUCCCUCAUCCCACUUCACCCACGGGCUUCGCUCCUACUACCUGAAGACCGCUCUCUUCCACUUGGUUAUGAAGUCCUCUCCCCAGGCCUGGGCUGCCGGCUGCCUGGAACAGCGGCUCAGAGAGAUGAUCGAAUACCUGAUUGACAGACUGGGUGAAGACAGGAUCCCGCACAUCUUCCUGGGGAACAAGCGCCAUCUGGAGAAUCCGCAAUGGCACCUGGGCGUCCCUGUGAAGUUCUUCCACCACACCGAAGCAAACCUGCUGGAGUACGUCAGCAAAACCACUAUGGAGCAGGCCAGGCUGAGGCUGAUUGAAAUCAGUAAUAACCUCGAUGAGAUCCUCCGCCAACAUCUGAAAUAAUAUCUGAAUGAGAGCCAGUCCUGGUGCGUGGUAGCAUGACGUGAACCAGCCCCACUUAUAUGCAAUGACUAGUCCUUAAUUUACCUGCGAUGAUAGUCAGUAAUAAAUGAUACCUAAUAAUGCAAUAAAUGUUACCCAUUGUAGCGAAUAAAUGUGUACCCUCCUCUUCCUUGACUGUAGUGUGAAUUACUGUGUAACGGGAUCGUUGUUCUGAUAAAGCCUGGAUAGAUAGUUGGUUUAUGUUUUCCUGUAAUAUACUAUUGCUGAAUUGUAUCAGUUUCUGUUUGACAGGCUUUCCUUUGAAAAGGAAGCCACAGUCUCAAUGGGAAUCACUUAAAUAAAUAAACUAAG